AAGGGGUCUGGUUUUGCAUUGGGGCUCGGGGUUGCAUAUUCUUACUGCAUGUUUUGAGGCCUUCAAAAAUUUUCAUUGCGUCGCAAAUUUUGCAUACCUCCAAAAGGACCAGGAGUAGGUCCAGAUGAGUUUUCGGAUACCGGUUGUUGAAGUAAUAGUAGGUCGGCGGGUUAGCAUCGAAGAGGAUAAUGUCUGUUCGAAACGGUUGUUCGCGGCUUUGUGGUCCCUCAAUUGUUUCCAACCAGCGUCACAUGGGCUCAACCUCUUACGUUAUGUUGAGUGGCCUGAAGAGUUUGCUACCGUGUUUUCAGGUCCGCUGAGCAGAAAUAUCGGCUUAACGUCUACAGUUUACAUCACUCUUCUGCAUCUUCCCGGCGGGCAAACCCGCAACUUCCCCGCAGCAGUCGAUUGCUGCAGGGCGUUUCCACAACAAUUGCGGAGUAGAAGAUCCUCUUGCAUGCACUCCGCAUGUCUUCUGCUACUCGGAAUACUAUCGGAGGGCGCGCCGCCCCUGCCAGCGAUCGUCUUGGCGCACGCAGCGGCUCGGCUGCGGGAUCCUCGAUUGCCUGAUCCGUGGCUAGCCGACCCUCUUCGGGCAAAGAACAAAGCGUCGUCCCUGCAUGACUCCGUGACACACCGAUUUUCUUGUGCCAAUUGAUAAACAUACGUAGGGCGUGCGUGUGAUAAAACUGUGCCCUGAAUUCUGGGACUUUAAAGCAUUGGUUUUCCCGCGCCUGAGGCUACACACUAUUACUUCUUUGUUGUCUUGAAGGUACUCAGGAGUGGCUAUUCGUGGAUAACAAUGGCCCCGCCCGCUGCAAUUGAGGUUGAGGCUGUGACCGAUACGUCGGGGGUUACCGUUCCGGAUCCGUUGACGGUGCCCGUUAAGAGUAAUGAAAUUUAUGGGCGGAGGAAGAAGGCAGAUAAA